AAAACCAGAACCAGAAUUUAAUGUGUGGACGAGUAACAAUGAUAUGAUCGAUAUAAUAAUUCGACGCACACAGACCAAUAAUAAGGUCAUUUGCUUGGAAUGGAUAGAGUCAAAAGACUUGGUUAAUAUUCAAUAUCUUGAAGAUGAGGGAUUUUAUCCAUCUAUAAAACAACAUGGCUUAACGGAUAUCCUCGCAA